UUCGAUUUUGUUUGUCAAGUCAGAGAAUUAACCCUUUCAUCAACAUGUUCAAGCUGGUAGUGCUCUUGUUCGCCGUCCUGUUGGCCGUUGCCAUGGCUGUUCCCGCUCCAGGACCCAAUCCCGCUCCGGUGCCCCAGUUUGUCUACUCCGCCGGCUAUCCGGCCGUGGGCUACGCCUCCCCGUACGUCUACUACGGCUGAUUAAAACAUCCGGAUUCACUGAAUAAAGAUUUUCGAUAUUUACAUGAAAA